UAGUAACUGGGGGAGGAGAACCCGUUGGGAGUGCGGGGGCCACCAUGUCGAACGACGGGUGGGUGGGCAGCUGGAGGCCCCACCGCCCCCGCGGCCCCAUCGCCGCUCUCUUCAAAGGCCCUGGGCCCAAGUAUGGGCUCCCCACCAACGUCGGCUACCGUCUGCACGACCCCUCGCGCUGGCGCGCCCCCGCCUACAGCUUCGGGGUGCGCACGGAGGGGCGGCUGCACGAGCGCUCCCCCGGGCCCGUGUACGGGCUGGCCAAGGGGCUCACCGUCCGCGGCAAGGACGGGACCCCCGCCUACUCCAUCUUCAGCCGCCCCCGCGACCUGCGGCCCAUGGACACCCCCGGGCCAGCCCGCUACGCCCCCGAGAAGGCCAACGCGUUGGCUUUUCCCUCGGCGCCUGAGUUCUCUCUGGCCUCCCGCACCCGGCAGCUCAGCACCCAACAGACGCCGGGCCCCGCUGCCUACCGGCUGCCCCCCAUGCUGGGGCCGCGCGUGGUGAACAAGAGCUCAGCCCCCAACUACUCCAUCCCGGGGCGCAGCACCCACGGCGCCUUCUACGAGGAUCUGUGCAAGACGCCGGGGCCGUGCGGGUACCGCGUGGUGAGCGCCGACGUGUACAAGCGCCGCGCCCCGCUCUACUCCAUGCUGGCGCGCACCUCGCUCCCCGGGGACAACACCCAGAAACCCGGCCCCGCCACCUACAGCCCCGAGCAGCGCCGGCCGGAGGGGCUGACGUUCGGGAUCCGGCACUCGGACUACGUGGCUCCGCUCAUCGUGGACGUGCCCGAGUAGGGGCCGCGGGGCCGCGCUGGCGGGACGACCCCAAAGACCGAUGGAUGCACCA